AUAUUCAUUUCAGAAUAGCAGCGCACAGCAUACGUACGCAUCAUUUUACUGUAUAAAGACGUAAUUCCGUUUUUUCUUGAAAAAGAAAGGAAUGAGAUUUUUUAAAAAAAAAGUAUUGAAUUCAUCUACUCGUUUUUGCGUAAAGAAAAUAAAGUUUGAUGAAAACGAUGCAAUAAAUUUUUCAGUUUGUGCUGCUGUAGUUUAGGAAAAAAAACUUCGAACUAUCUAACGGUGUCGGAAUAUUAAAAUUAACUGUAAUCGACGACUGAAGAAACUCAGUAAAAUUUUGCGCCAAAAUCGGUCACAAAAGCAAAUAAAACAAAGUGAGGACAAUAAGGGAAUCAGUUUUUACAAUCAAUGCUCAAAAAUGAACAACGUCACUCAAUCGACUGAAUGGUACCACGAUGAGGACACCCUCCGAUAUGGUACUGCUGCUUUCGUACUUUUUGUUACAAUGAUUGUUACUGCUAUUCGAUAUGUGAUCAAACAAAGAAGUGUUAAUGAAUUGAAACGUCUAAGAAAUCUCUCUUUGGCUCGUAAAAUCUAUAUAAUUACCGGCGCCAAUAGAGGGAUUGGUUUUGAAACAGCCAAAUUGUUAGUUCAACGUAAUGCAACCGUUAUAAUGGCAUGCAGAAGUCUUGCACGCGCCGAAAAAGCAAUAAAAAAAAUCAAAGCGGAAACUGGUAAAGGCCGUAUGAUUCCGUUUAAAUUGGAUUUGGAAAAGUUUGAAACAAUCGUUAAUUUUGCAAAAUUUAUCAAGAGAGAUUUUCCAAAAUUCGAUUGUUUGAUCAACAAUGCUGGCGUGUCAAAACCCACGGGUUUGAAGACGACGAUUAAUUAUGUCGAACUGCACUAUGGAACAAACUAUUUGGGACAUUUUUUUUUGACACGAUUACUUCUAAAUGGAAUUAUAGCCAAUUCGGCUCGUGUUGUCAUCGUUUCAUCACUGUUUCAUGAGGACUGUGACUUCGAUGUAGAUACAUUAUGCUUGUGCGCAUUUGAAGAACCCUAUUCCCCCAAAUGGGGCAAUGAAUACUACAUUAGAUCGAAAUUUGCAAACUUUUACCACGCUCACUCUUUGACCCAACUGAAGAUUGAUACUGUUGUAUAUUGCCCAGGGUAUAUGAGAACAAAUUUCAUCAGUGAUUAUAUUCCUCGCUGGUAUAACAUCAUUUGUGCCCCAUUUAUUUGGAUAGGUGCACAGACGGCUGCAUAUGGUGCGAAAAAUAUUAUUUUUUGUGCUACUGAAGUUCAGAAUACGGAUGAGGAAAAUCCGGCUAACGGUUAUUAUAUUGACAGUAUGGAUGUAGAACUGUCAAAAGCAUAUUUUGAUGAAGAAGAAGCAAAAGAGCUUUGGGAUCAGAGCGAAGCAAUGUGUGACAGUGUUUUAAAUUAUGAAAUGAACAUCAUAAAAGCAUCAAAAAAUGGUUUUUUCGAUAGCAUUUUUUCAAGACAAGCGACUGGACAACGCGCUCAUGCAGGAAGCAGAACGUUAUUUGACGAUGAAACUCAACUUUAAUUUAAUCAUUAUACGCUUUAGGGAAAUAAAAAAAAAUCAUAAACAUUUCAAUCACUAAAACAUA